CGGUCGAACGUCAAAUCAAAAACAAUCGAUUCGUCCAAAAAGAGAACACUCCCUUUAUCGAGAACAUUGUUGAAAUUUUAAUACUCAGCCCAAGCUCCGGUAAAGUGAUUAUUUUGUAUUUUAGAAGGCACAUAACUGUGAUAUGAGCCGCUGGGAUCAAAGAACUGAAGCCCUACUGUAUAUUGCCUACAGGAACGUGGAGUACUCCAUUUGUUUGCCCCCCAAAUUUGCCACAGGACAUUCACGGGCUCGCCGAGAUCAAGAUAAAAAUCAAGGCAAAACCCGAUCUCGCAGUCGCUCGCGUUCACCGGUUGAAACUAGGCUGCAUGAGCUGGAACAGGAUAACCCUCGGAGGGAACGUCAGUUGAAAGAAGUUUCUCAACAGCUUCAAAACCAUUCUGAUGACAGCUCCAGCGCAGAUUCUAGCAACGAACACCCCUUUCAAGGAUCAAACUCAGCAGAUGCAUCACCGUCGGAUCCGAUCAAAUCCAAGGUUGGAUUCAAUUUUCAAAAACCUUCCACAAGUAGUCUGAGCGGCACGAAGACUUCAUCAAGCUUUCAGAUGCAAAAGGGAAAGCCCAGUGCAAUCCAGAUGAAGCUGAUGACGGCUCAGAAAAAGGAAACCCCAAAGUUGAUGAAACCCGUGGCGAAUGCCUUUGCCGCCGACGACAGCGACGACGAGCCGGAAGAAAUGCCAGCCGAGUGUCGAAUGCGCAUGAGAAACAUCGGACGAGAUACGCCCACAUCCUCGGGUCCAAAUUCGUUCGGUAAAACCAAGCAUGGCUUCUGUGAUGCCAAGAAAAUUUUCGAGAAAAAGUUAAACUCUCUGACCGAUGGUUAGAUUAUAGCGCUCUGAUACCGUGAAAUCCGCAACGGAUGAGAUUCUUUGCCCUCCCUGGAGUUUACUUAAUAAUGUUCUUCAUUUUCAAAGACUAACAAUAUAGAUCUUAAGUUUAGGUGUGUUCUCCCCCGAGCGACCCAAUAAAAUUAGUGAAUAUGACGAGCAGAUUUAUCGGCGUUUGCUGUGCUUUAUCCGCUGUAGAAUGGAUUACUCACCUUACCCUUUGAUGGUGUUGAAGAGAAAUAAAGUCUAGGCCAAUCUUAUUUAAA